AUGUGCCUGUGCACAUUAUUCAAUUCAAAACCGAAUCGAGUCGAAUCAAACACGGGUAACGCGCUCCAGAAUACCGACAAUGAAUUCGACGAUUUCGUUAUUAUAGAAGAUGGCAAGGAAGCAACCGGAAAUGGAAAUGACACGAAUAAUAGUAAACCAAAUACCGAUUCGGAUUCGGUGAUGGUACCUGAAAAAAGUUCCGGUAUCGAUAAGGAUGGAUGGGCGUUAGCGAUAGGAUCCGUCCACUUCCGAUUCAAACAUUCCAGCACGGAUUCAAUCUACAAACGCGAAACUGAUGAUAACGAUGGCCACGAUGAUAAUAAUAAUAAUAAAAAUAACGAUUGGGGUCUCGAAAUGAAGGAUCUUGAAAAUUAUCCUCUCAACUAUAAUGAAAAAAAUUCCUAUAUCGAUAAUAUCAUUUUAUUAUGCCAUUUUUAUAUUUUCAUAUUAAAAAUGUAA